AAUAGUUGUUGUGUGUUGAUGCAAUGUCUUCCACUAUAUCCUUAAUCCCUCAUGGGACCAGCUGCUUAUCUAUUGGUCCUGUGGUGACUCGCCUACUCAGGAAUGGAAGGUGCUCAACCAACAAGUCUGAACAAUUUACAACUGCUGCCUGGGGGGUAUUACUUCCAGACUGAAAUACAGUCCUUCAGUUUCACCAAGUCUGCACACGGAAUAGGAGCUUGCUUCCCUUCCCUUAAACAGACUCACUUGGCGGUGAGGACUCUGGAGGACUGCUUUUCCUUCUUAAGGAUUCGGACAGGAUCAGACUUUGACUGUAAACGGGACAGGUUUUGACAGUUCAUAUUAUGGAAGAGGAUCUUCUGAAUGAUAACUGCACAGCGGAUAAUCUGCCCUUGUACACAUUUUACGCCUCUGUGAUGAUUGUGGAGUUCACCCUGGCUCUGCCUCUUAACCUCUCAGUGCUUUACCUCUUCAUCUUCAAGCUGGAGUUCUGGAAACGGGACUCCAACAACCUUUUCCUGUUCAAUCUCGUGUUGGCUGACCUUCUUCUGCUCGGCUGUUUGCCAGUGAACGCGUACAACUUCCUUCACGGAGAGCGGCAGAGUGUGGAUGGAAACAUCUGCAAAACCAUGCUCUUCAUGCUGUUCCUGAACCGAGGCGCCAGUAUCGGCUUCCUGGCCGUCAUUUCACUCGAUCGCUACUUCAACGUGGUUCAUCCUGGGAACAAGGACGUUGUCCUCAAAAAGUCCCCUUAUAUAUCUGUCAUCAUCUGGCUAGUACUGCUCCCUUUGACAAUCCCCACCAUGCUGAAGACUGGCUGCUGUAACAGUCAUGGGGACAUCACUGACACUCUGAGAGAGGUUGUGUUUUUCACCCAGAUUCUCAUCCCUUUCUUUGUGUUGGUGUACUGCACGGUCUGCAUUGUCAACAGACUCAAAAAGAAGACAGUAGGUGACACGACCAAGCUGCGUCGAGCAGUGUUUCUGGUCACCUCUGUCAUUCUGGUCUUUUCUUUCUGUUUCCUGCCUUGUACCAUAGCUAGAAUUGUUCUGUUGAUUGUCAGAGCCAUGGAUUUACAAAAUGCUGAGAAUAUAGCUGUUCAGGUCUAUGAUGGUUUCAUAGUUUUUUCCCACAUGGAUUGUCUAGUGGACCCAAUUGUGUACUGCUUAAGCAGCACUAAGUUCAAACGCCUCUACCUGAAAACGUAUUGCCCCUGUCUACUGAGAAACAACGCAGAAACGGCUGAAAGAACAAACCCAACACAAACCAGCUUAAAUCUGACACGCAACAACAAUACACUGUAGCAAGUAGAUAAUAAUGCUUCUGGGUGUGGUAGUGGGCGUGGCCACAGUUUUUAAAAGAGUUUCUUGCAAUUAUACACUUUCAUGGGGCUGAGAAUUUUUGGUAUUUAAAAAAAAAAAAGAUAAUUUCCUGGAAUUCUACACAUUUUGCCAUGGCUUAUGCCGUAUAACUAAAACGUUCUUAAAACAAAUCUAUUGGGGCCCCAUGCCAUGACAUUUUUAACAUUUUAGAUUCUCUCUGACUGUCUAGUUUUUAUUUUGGUGAUGGUUAGUUCUCAAAGAUGAUCUUAUUUAAAAAGAUAUAGCUACAUUAUCUUUUCAACAUCCUUUAUAUCUGGGUUUAGUCGUUUUAAGUUCACACUGAAAACGUUUUUACCGUACUCAUAUUUUUUUUGGUGUGGCGGCCCGCCGCUGCUAAUUGAAUAUAGGGGAAGCACUGGCAUGUUCAGCUUUUGUUUGCCAAAUCAGACUGUGAUUCAAUACUGGUUUCUGUUAUGAUCAGUCAUCGGUUUCUUUCGCCUGUGAUGUCAUCAUGCUAAACAGAUCAUCAUGAUGCUGUUACUAAUUGUCUGGGUCAAAUAAAUAUUCUCCACAAAUGAUGCUCCCAUAAAAAUGAUUGUUACUACUACUACUACUACUACCACGACAACAACAGCUGAUAGGAGCUACCCCCUCCUCCCUUGGAGAAGUAAGACCACAUUAUAUACUACUACUACUACUACUACUACUACUACGAGUACAACAACAGCUGAUAGGAGCUACCCUCUCCUCCCUUGGAGAAGUAAGACCACAUUACAGUUGAAGUCGGAAGUUUACAUACACUUAGGUUGGAGUCAUUAAAACUCGUUUUUCAACCACUCCACACAAUUAUUGUUAACAAACUAUAGUUUUGGCAAGUCGGUUAGGACAUCUACAUUUUUCCAACAAUUGUUUACAGACAGAUUAUUUAACUUAUAAUUCACUGUAUCACAAUUCCAGUGGGUCAGAAGUUUACAUACACUAAGUUAACUAUGCCUUUUAAACAGCUUGGAAAAUUCCAGAAAAUUAAGUCAUGGCUUUAGAAGCUUCUGAUAGGCUAAUUGACAUAAUUUGAGUCAAUUGGAGGUGUACCUGUGGAUGUAUUUCAAGGCCUACCUUCAAACCCAGUGCCUCUUUGCUUGACGUCAUGGGAAAAUCAAAAGAAAUCAGCCAAGACCUCAGAAAAAAAAUUGUAGACCUCAACAAGUCUGGUUCAUCCUUGGGAGCAAUUUCCAAACGCCUGAAGGUACCACAUUCAUCUGUACAAACAAUAGUACGCAAGUAUAAAUACCACGGGACCACGCAGCCAUCAUACUGCUCAGAAAGGAGAUGCGUUCUGUCUCCUAGAGAUGAACGUACUUUGGUGCGAAAAGUGCAAAUCAAUACCAGAACAACAGCAAAGGACCUUGUGAAGAUGCUGGAGGAAACAGGUACAAAAGUAUCUAUAUCCACAGUAAAACGAGUCCUAUAUCGACAUAACCUAAAAGGCCACUCAGCAAGGAAGAAGCAUCUGCUCCAAAACCGGCAUUAAAAAAGACAGACUACGGUUUGCAACUGCACAUGGGGACAAAGAUCGUAUUUUCCGGAGAAAUGUUCUCUGGUCUGAUGAAACAAAAAUAGAACUGUUUGGCCAUAACGACCAUCGUUAUGUUUGGAGGAAAAAGGGGGACGCUUGUAAGCCGAAGAACACCAUCCUAACCGUGAAGCACAGGGGUGGCAGCAUCAUGUUGUGGGGGUGCUUUGCUGCAGGAGGGACUGGUGCACUUCACAAAAUAGAUGGCAUCUUGAGGAAGGAAAAUUAUGUGGUUAAAUUGAAGCAACAUCUCAAGACAUCAAUCAGGAAGUUAAAGCCUUGUUGGAAAUGGGUCUUCCAAAUGGACAACGACCCCAAGCCUACUUCCAAAUUAUUGUCAGGAUUAAAUGUCAGGAAUUGUGAAAAACUGAGUUUAAAUGUAUUUGGCUAAGGUGUAUGUAAACUUCUGACUUCAACUGUAUAUACUACUACUACUACUACUACUACUACUAGUACUGCAACAGCUGAUAGGAGCUACCCCCUCCUCCAUUGGAGAGGUAAGACCACAUGAUCUACUACUACUACCUCCACCACUACUACUACUACUACUACUACUACUACUACCACCACUACUACUUUGAUGAGGUCAAUUAAUAAAUACUUUUUAUAUAGUGUGAGAGUUUGUAUUAAAUUCCAAUUAUACAUACUGUACCUCUCAUGUUAUGAUAUC